AACCCCGCCCCUCUGCAGAGAGUCGGGAGCUCCAUUCAAACCAAACACACCAAACUCCGCGCCCUAGGAUGCGACAGUCGCUUUAAAAGAACCUAAGGCGGCUGAGACACCAGAAGGUGCAAAGACAGUUGUUUCAUCGCUCCGUUCGCAACGACAAAAGAAACCAACAUCUAGCAGAAGAAACAGGCUCCUAGCAGUAAGCAGCGGAAUAAACUCUGAGAGCGCAGUGCUAGCAGAAGGCUAAAAGCUAAAAGCAACCGACAUGGCGAGCGCCUCUUACCACAUCUCCAACUUACUGGAGAAAAUGACGUCCAGCGACAAGGAUUUCAGGUUCAUGGCCACAAAUGACCUGAUGACAGAACUUCAAAAAGAUUCAAUCAAACUGGAUGAUGACAGUGAAAGGAAGGUAGUCAGAAUGAUUCUCAAAUUGCUUGAAGAUAAGAAUGGAGAGGUUCAGAAUCUUGCUGUGAAAUGCCUUGGGCCAUUGGUCAGUAAGGUGAAAGAGUACCAAGUGGAAACCAUUGUGGAUACUCUGUGCACAAAUAUGCUGUCUGACAAAGAACAACUCAGAGAUAUUUCAUCCAUCGGACUUAAAACUGUGAUUGGAGAGUUGCCCCCUGCAUCCAGCGGUUCUGCAUUAGCAGCAAGUGUAUGUAAGAAAAUAACAGGCCGUCUGACAAGUGCUAUUGCCAAACAAGAAGAUGUCUCAGUUCAACUAGAAGCUCUCGACAUCAUGGCUGAUAUGCUGUGCAGACAGGGGGGGUUGUUAGUGAAUUUUCAUCCUUCUAUCCUGAGUUGUCUGCUGCCUCAACUGACCUCUCCAAGACUUGCUGUCAGAAAGAGAACAAUUAUGGCUCUGGGUCACCUGGUGAUGUCUUGUGGAAAUCUGGUGUUUAUUGACCUUAUUGAACACCUUCUCACUGAACUUGGGAGGAAUGACAACAUGUCGACCACCAGGACAUACAUUCAGUGUACAGCUGCGAUCAGCAGACAGGCUGGGCACAGAAUUGGGGAGUAUCUGGAGAAGAUCAUCCCACUUGUAGUAAAGUUUUGUAAUGUUGAUGAUGAUGAACUUCGAGAGUACUGCAUACAAGCUUUUGAAUCUUUUGUCCGAAGGUGUCCUAAAGAAGUUUACCCACACGUUCCUACCAUCAUCUCCAUCUGCUUGCGUUACCUAACCUAUGAUCCAAAUUACAAUUUUGAUGAUGAAGAUGAAGAUGACAAUGCUAUGGAUGCAGAGCAAAAUGAUGAAGAUUAUCAAGGCAGUGAUGAUGAGUACAGUGAUGAUGAUGACAUGAGCUGGAAAGUGCGACGAGCUGCGGCCAAAUGUUUAGAUGCAGUUGUUUCCACUCGUCAUGAGAUGUUACCAGAGUUUUACCGCUCUGUGUCUCCUGCACUUGUCUGUCGCUUCAAGGAAAGAGAGGAGAAUGUGAAGGCAGAUGUUUUCCACGCCUAUCUUUCAUUGCUUAAGCAGACAAGACCAGCUCAAAGCUGGUUGGCGGAUCCCGAUGCCAUGGAGCAGGGGGAGACACCUCUGACGAUGCUACAAAGUCAGGUUCCUAUGAUUGUAAAAGCACUUCAUAAACAGCUGAAAGAGAAAAGCGUCAAAACCCGUCAAUGUUGUUUUAACAUGCUGACAGAGUUGGUGAAUGUUUUGCCAGGAGCCCUGACCCAACACAUCCCAGUACUUAUACCAGGCAUAAUUUUUUCUUUGAAUGAUAAGUCGAGCAGCUCCAAUCUGAAAAUUGACGCAUUGGCCUGUCUCUACGUCAUCAUGGUAACACAUCCUGCUCACGCCUUCCACGCUCAUGUCCCUGCCCUGGUCCCACCAGUUGUCGCCUGUGUCGGAGAUCCGUUUUAUAAAAUAACCUCAGAAGCACUUCUUGUCACUCAGCAGCUUGUAAAGGUAAUUCGACCUUUAGAAAACUAUUCAGAAGGCUCUGAUAGCUUUGACCCUUCCCCUUACAUCAAUGACUUGUUCACUUGUACAAUUAAACGCCUAAAAGCUGCUGACAUUGACCAAGAGGUUAAAGAACGAGCCAUCUCUUGUAUGGGGCAGAUCAUCUGUAAUCUGGGUGACCGUCUCCCUGCGGAGCUUCCUGGGACUUUAUUGAUCUUCUUGGAACGUCUGAAAAAUGAAAUUACUCGGCUUACAACUGUUAAAGCUCUAACUCUGAUUGCUGGAUCACCACUGAAAAUUGAUUUGAGACCGGUUCUACCAGACGCUGUUCCUAUUCUUGCUUCAUUCCUACGGAAAAACCAGCGAGCCUUAAAGCUUUGCACACUUGCAGCACUUGACAUUCUGCUGAGAAACUACAGCUCGGCCGUUACUCCUGUCAUGGUGGAUGCCGUGUUGGCAGAACUUCCACCUCUGAUUUCUGAGAGUGACAUGCAUGUGUCACAGAUGGCUCUAAGCUUCCUGUCCACGCUAGCAGUGACUCACCCGUCUUCUUUGGGGCAGUUGAGUGGGGGUAACAUAAUGCAACAGCUCAUCACUCUAGUUAGAUCCCCACUUCUGCAAGGUGGUGCCCUUGCAGCCAUGUUGGACUUUUAUCAGGCCCUUGUGUCCACUGACACUCCUGGUCUUGGUUAUAUGGACUUGCUCAGGAUGUUAACUGGUCCAGUAUACUCCCAGAGCACAGCUCUUCCUCAUAAACAGGCAUACUGCUCUAUUGCCAAAUGUGUGGCUGCACUGACAAGGGCUUGCCCCACAGAAGGACCUGCUGUGGUUGGGCAGUUCAUUCAGGAUGUCAAAAAUAGCCGCUCUACUGAUUCUAUCAGAUUGCUUGCUCUUUUGUCAUUGGGUGAAGUUGGACACCAUGUAGACCUCAGCAGCCAACCAGAGCUCAAGACUGUAAUUCUGGAUGCUUUCUCUUCUUCAAGUGAAGAGGUAAAGUCUGCAGCUUCCUAUGCAUUGGGCAGCAUUGCUGUGGGAAACCUUCCAGAGUAUUUGCCUUUUGUAUUACAAGAGAUCUCCUCCUCCAAAAGACAAUAUCUAUUGCUUCACUCACUGAAGGAGAUAAUCAGUUCAGCAUCAGUGUCUGGUCUAAAGCCAUAUGUGGAAUCUGUUUGGUCUCUAUUGCUUAAACACUGCGAGUGUCAAGAGGAAGGAACAAGGAACGUUGUAGCAGAAUGUUUGGGCAAAUUGACCUUAAUUGAUCCUGAAACUCUCCUCCCACGCCUCAAAGGAUACUUGUUAUCUGGUUCAUCAUAUGCCAGGAGCUCGGUGGUAACAGCAGUAAAAUUCACCAUCUCUGAUCAGCCACAACCUAUUGACCCACUUCUGAAAAACUGCAUAGGUGAUUUCCUAAAGACGCUGGAGGAUCCGGAUUUGAACGUGCGACGUGUUGCUCUUGUCACAUUUAAUUCUGCCGCGCACAAUAAACCUAGCUUAAUCAGAGAGCUGCUGGACUCAGUUUUGCCACAACUGUAUAAUGAGACCAAAGUCAGAAAGGAGCUGAUACGAGAGGUGGAGAUGGGUCCAUUUAAACACACGGUGGAUGAUGGUUUAGACCUGAGAAAGGCUGCGUUUGAGUGCAUGUACACCCUGUUGGACUCCUGCUUGGACCGGAUAGACAUCUUCACUUUCCUCAACCAUGUAGAGGAUGGUUUGAAGGAUCACUAUGAUAUCAAGAUGCUGACAUUCCUUAUGCUGGCCAGAUUGUCCUCUCUUUGCCCCAGUGCUGUUCUUCAGAGAUUGGACCGACUAGUUGAACCUCUGAGAGCUACCUGCACCACAAAGGUGAAGGCAAACUCUGUGAAGCAAGAAUUUGAGAAGCAGGACGAGUUGAAGCGGUCAGCCAUGCGAGCUGUAGUUGCACUGCUAACAAUCCCAGAGGCUGAAAAGUCCCCCCUCAUGUCAGAGUUCCAGUCGCAGAUCUCAUCCAAUCAGGAGCUGGCUGCCAUCUUUGACUCAAUUCAGAGGGACUCCAGCUCAGCCAAUAUGGAGUCCAUGGACACCAGCUAAAGAGAUGGACAUUUCCAUGAUGCAAAGAUAGCACCAUCAAGCUGUUGGAGCUUCAAACAUGCAGCACGUUUCCAUAACAGGAUGCAGACACGCACAGACACACACAUAGAUACUUAUAGUGACACACUCUCCUAGUGAUCGUUCCAUGAUGCAUUCAGUGAAAUCCACUGUUAUGAAUGAAAGGAAGACGACUUCUCUUAUGGACUAACUAUUAUAAGAUAGAACAAAAUGAUUAUUCCAGAAACACAUUCUAAGGCUUGGAAACUUUCACUUUUUUUAGUUUUCUUUACAAAGCCAUCUGAAUGGCCAACUUUAUAACUUUUUUUUCCAUAACAUUCAGAGGGACCCCACUAUAACUGAUUUGACUGGCUGCUGCUUAGUGACUGACAGUAGCUGAAUUAUCCAAACUGACCAAGAAAAUGGGGGCUAGGUGCCCGAGGCUGUGGUGACUGGUGACCAAUGGGAGGUGGGCUUGCUGUUUGUUGUGGUUGAUGUAAGCAGCCAGUAGGAUGCUUGGGAUAACAUUGGUGGCAGUUUUACUGUUUGUGGACCAAUCAGUUUCUUUAUUACCCCUAAGUUAAUAGAUCUUCCAUCAGUCCCUUAAUACUGGGAAAGAAGAAAAGAGCUGUCAUUAGACCAGGUCUUUAUGGACCAGAUGUGACCAGACCAUUCUUUUAUACUGUGUUGCUGUUGUCAUAGUAAUACAGUUAUAAAGUAGGCCACAUCAUUUUGUAUUGAACACAAACUUGCAACAUUCUGGGCAGUGUUUGUUUCUGUCCUAGUGGACUUAACUGAGUAUAUUUGGGUGUAAUGUUUUAGAAAAAUACACAAAAUCUGGUUUAGUCUGGUCAGAAGAAUUAACUGUUUUUUGCCCAAGAAAAAUAAAAGUCCAUUUCUGCCUGCCUUCA